UAAAUACUUCGGACCCUUGGCGAGAAUGGCAUCAGAAGUUCAGCCAACUGCCAGCAAUCAAGCAAAAUGCACAGCCAACAACUGACUUUGAUUUUCGGCAUGACCCUCCUGUGGUCAAUGGCCAGCGGCACCACCCAACCGCCGAGCCGACGUCCGCCGGUUACCACCGCCCGCACCACGCCCCGCAAUUGCCCGCUCUUCCCGCAGGUCUGCUCCCAGACAAGUCCCAGAGUUUGCGGACGAACUGCGCGUGGCGAGUGCCAACGUUUCGAGAACAUCUGCCACCUGAUGCUGGCCAAUGUGCUACGGCAGCCGGAGGGCGUGCGGCACACCCGCGACAUCGAUUGCCGCAACGUGAGGGGAACGGGUGCCGCCAAUCGGCGACCCUGCUAUAAUCCCUGCCCCGCACGUCCCGUCGUCUGCAAGAGAUCACCGCCCAGCCAGCAAAUCUGCGUGCGUAGCAGGGACAACCGGCAGUGCAAGGUGUUGGCCAAUAGUUGCCAGCUGCGCAACCAGAAUUGCCACAGUCAGCCCAGGAACAACUGGCUGCGCACCGACAGGCGGCGUUGUGGACAGCUGCAGCUGGGCGAUAAGCCGCAGAAUUGCAUCCGGGUGCCAGUGCGGCCCAGACCCACACGUGCGCAGCACCACUCGACGCAGCACUACUAGGCGCAGCACCACUCGACGCAGCACCACUAGGCGCAGCAACUCCACAAGCACCACCACCACCGACCGGCCAGCCUAAAGGAUCAGGGACAUCGGUGGCCAGACAUUACAAUUUCUUUUUUUUUUCUCUCUCUGCCCAACAUCCACUGUGCGCAAUAAAAGUCAUAAAUAAACUGCAAGUUGCGCUU